AUGGCCUCCUCAAAUGGGAAAGGUGAAAAAGUGUCCAAAUUUGAGACUUUAAAGCUUUUGGAGAAAUGCAGCAAGGAAAGAGACGACGCCAUGCACAGGGAGAGCGUUCUCAGAGAGAAGCUGCGACAGUACGAGUCAAGGAUGCGUUCUACUGAGGCUGUGAAACAGAAACUGAAAACCUUGACCAUGGACAACAAGGAGCUGAGGAAACAAGUCAAGGCUCUUCGAACUGAAAUUGGACUUGAGUGCAGCCCCAAGUUCAAUGGCAAGACCACGAAGGACAUAAUCAAUGACUUGCACGAGAAGGAGCACGAGUGCAGUUCCCUGGUGGAGAAGGCCGGGAAGCUGAGCCUGACCAUCGACGAUUUGACAUCAGAGCUGGCAAAUACGGUCACCUCCAAAACUCUGCUGGAAGACCAAGUCCAGUCACUGCAGCAGAACCUCAAGGACAUGACGAACAAUCAGCGGCGCCUGCUGAAGUUGUGGGAAGACAAGAAGGUGCAGAGGGAGCAGCUGGCCCUGCCUGCGAUCACGCACAAGCCCGGGCAGAAACCAUUGAUCCACAAAGCAAUGCAAACCGACAUGUCCGUCAGCUCAUCCCAGAAGCUCCCGGUCAACGCUUUCGAGACCAAGCCGUUCUCUCGGGACAACGACAAAAUGACUCUUUUGGAUAAGCACCCUUUUCCGACUUAUGGGAACGGCUAUCAUCACGACAAGAAAGCUUUCGUGUACGAUGAAAAGAAAGGGAUUCAGAACUGAUCCGCCUCACACAGAACACUAACACUCUGCUUUUUAGAAAUUUAAGCAAAUAGAUUAAUAAAGA